AUGUCUUCACUCCUCCGCAACGUCAAGACGUUCCUUACGCCCUCGUCAUCGCACUCACACCUCCAGACGCGCGACGGCUUCACCACCGCAAAGACUGAGGCCGAGCUGUUUCCCCCGACCGACCCGGCCGUCGACGGCCAGGAGUGCCUGCAUGACUGCACCUCGUGCACCGUGCACUACCCAACCAAGUUCUCCGUCGACGAGAGCGACCGGCUCUUCGGUCACGUCAAGGGCUUCAACGUCCACCUCCUCGUCGGCACGGGCAAGUCCGACUGGGUCCGCGAUGUCACCGACGAAAAGGGCUCCGUCAUGCAGGCCGUCGGCAAAGUCGGCUUGGACCUGAGCGGGAAGGGCGGUCGGGUCAUGCUGAGCGCGAGCAAUUUCCCUUCCGGGGAGGAGUGUCACGAUGCUGGCGAGGAGGCUGGCACGAGUGAUUGCAUGCUACUGCCUAGUUGGGUCAUGAUCGAGAAGGUCAGGCCGAGUCAAGCGGCCUCCCUGAUGAAAGAGGUGGUGGACAAGAGUGCCAGAAACGACACGCCUGUUGGCGGCGCCAAAAGAGCGGAGGUCAAUGGGCAUGAUCAUGUGCCGUCACACGCAGGAGAGCAACAAGAGCGUGAAGACAUUCCGGAUGUAUCUGGUUUGCAGAUUGGAGAGGGUGCAGAAGCACCACAUCAAAACAGCUCACAGCAGGAGGAACAACAGCAGACAUCCCAAGGCAACACGCUUGACCCGGCGCCACUACCGCUAUCAAUCUCCUCGUCCUUUAAAAUCCGCCCUAUACCUCAUUCCUAUCUAAUCCUCAUGUGUAGCCAAAAGACCCGCGAUGCCCGCUGCGGCCAGUCCGCGCCGCUCCUCCGCAGAGAAUUCGAACGCAUUCUGCGCCCCAUGGGUCUCUAUCGUGACCUCCACGACGACCGACCCGGUGGUGUCGGGAUAUAUUUCAUUAGUCACGUCGGCGGCCACAAAUACUCUGCCAAUGUGAUGAUCUACCGAAGACAAGGACGGAAGAAAGAGGUGGGAGGAGAUGAUGUGGACGUAGACGGAGAGAAAUUGGAGAAAGAGGCGGUUCAACUCAUCUGGCUCGCGAGAGUGAGGCCGGAAGAUUGUGAAAACAUUGUGCGGUAUACGGUCUUGCAGGGUAAGGUUGUCAAGCCGCAGAGGCAGUUGAGGGGGGGAUUCGAUCGGGAGAGGGGAGUGACGAGCUGGUAA